AUUCCACAAAUAUCAUCCAAACCCAAAUACCAAAUAAUGAAAACAAGGAAGAACAAAAACCGUUUCAGUUUAAUAUAUGGAGGGUAUAUAUACAUUUUUAUUAAGUGGACUUAGCUACAUUUUAGCCAUUUAUUAUAUAUAGUAAAGAAAAUGAGAAUAUCUAGGAGAAAAUAUAGAAGAACCAUAUAUGCAUAAAAAAAUCUGCAGAUCUCUUAUAGAAAAAUUCAGGAGAAAAUUUAGAACCAUAAUGUCCAUAUGUAGUAGAUCUCUCAUAUAUUCUAGAUCACUCAUAAACAAUUUGCAUGGCCACUAGAAACGUAGGUUGACAAAAACCAUAUGUAUAGUAGUAGAGAAACGUGGAAAAAUUGUUGGUCACUGUAGAUCUUUCGAGGAGAAAAUAUAGCAGAACAAAUGAACACUUCUCUUCAAUUUUUCUUCAAACUUUGUUAAUUCUCCUCCAAUCUUUCUAAGGGUGUGAAUCAUAUUUUGUUGGGUUGUUUGUUUAUAAUCUUCAAGGCAUGGAAGUCUCAACGAUUAUUGGUCGUGCAAGCUUUGGUACUCAGGCAGAUGCAUUGUUUAGAAAAUCUCUUAUAUAUCAGAAACGAAACAAGUCACAGAACUGCUGCCUGUUAAUAACCCCAUUGGUAAUAGUAGCAUUUUGUGGACUUUUGGAACGUUAUAUGGUGGACAUAAGUAAAGCAGACACAAGCAAAAAUCCUAAGAUGACGCAGGAGAUAAGGGACCCCUUUGCUUGGCCACCAGCCGUGGAUAUUCCUUCCGACACCACACGAGCUGUUCGCUUCAAAUACAUGCCUUUCACUGACUUGCCGCCUCCUUCUUGUCGAGACGCCCACAAUUGUCCGGUCUCUUUGCUCUUCACAGGCACCAAUCGAUCCUUUGUUAUGAGUUUGGCAGAGAAAAUGAAUCCCCCAGUGUCUGCAGGAAACCCUUCUGAUAUGGAUCGUAUAGUCUUGGCAACAUCAGUUAAAUUUCCUCUAGCGAGUUAUCUGAUGGAUCCUGCUUUCGAUCCCGGAUCGCCGUCACCCCUCUAUUAUUUACAAAGCAAGUGCAAGGCUAAUUCUUCAAUCCCUUAUCCAUCAGGCCAAGAAGUAAAGUGCCUUGAAUGUUUACACUUAUGGCGGAACAGCUCGUCUGAUGUCAAUAAGGAAUUAUACAAAUGCAAAGGAGGAAAUAAACAACACAAGGAAGAUAACGAAUUCGCAGCAGCAUUUGAUUUUUCAGACAGCAACGGAGCCAAGUACAAUAUGACUGUAUGGCACGAAGAAACUCAGGUUACAAAUUUUAUGAUGGGGAUUACCUUUGAAUACAAUCGUCUACCACGGUGGCUCAAUUUGGCAUCCAAUGCAUAUCUGCAAGUGUUGCAAGGACCUGGGACGCAGAUGCUGUUUGAGUUCAUUAAAGAAGUGCCAACCAUUAUUAGAUUAGAUUCCAGAGUUCAAGGGGUGUUGGAUUUUCUCUUGCGCAUUGCAAGCUUUGGAUUACUUAUCUAUCCAGUAACCGUCUUAGUAAGCUUAAUUGUGUACGAGAAGGAAAAAAAUUUGCGGAUCAUGAUGAAAAUGCACGGGCUUAGAGACACAGCAUAUUGGGCAAUUACUUAUUUUUACAGUCUCAUCAUUUCUGUUCUCUUCGUUCAGUUCUUUCUCAUUGCCGGAGAAAUCUCAGGUCUAACUUUUUUCAGCAAGAAUGACUACAUCCUUCAAUCUGUCUUCUAUUUCAUCCAUGUGAACUGGCAAAUUUCAUUUGUUUUUGUAAUUGCUGCACUUGUAUCCACUGUUAAGACUGCUCAAGUGAUUAGCUCGUCGUACAUGAUGCUGGUUUGUGUUUUGGCAUUUUUUGUUGCUGGAAGAUGUAUUGAAUCCACUGAUAUUUCUAGCAGUGUGGUACUUUUAGUAGAGAUAUUUCCUGGGUUUGCACUAUAUCGAGGCGUAUACGAAUUCCAGAAAUAUGCUACAUUUGCUAGGAAUGGUGCUGGCGUUGGGAUGCGGUGGAAGAACUUGAGUGACACAGGCAAUGGAAUGAAAACAGCUAUGAUCAUCAUGGUUACCGAGUGGGUGGUCAUGCUUUUGUUAGCAUAUUAUCUAGAUCAGGUUGUAUCUAGUGGAAGUGGGAGGACAAAGAGUCCCUUCUUUUUCUUACCCACCUUCAGAAAGAAGCCUACUUCCCAGCAAAGUAUGCAAAGAAAUAGUUCUCAAGUUUUGCCUGGCAAUAAUCAGAGUGAUGUGGACCAAGAGAGACAAAAGGUCGAGCAGUUGAUGAAAGAAGGAAGCAGAACCCACACGGCUGUCUGUGACAAUAUAAGGAAGAUUUACCCGGGAAGAGAUGGAAAUCCAGCAAAGGCUGCAGUUAAAGGAUUGUCUCUUGCUUUAGAAAGAUCGGAGUGCUUUGGCAUGCUUGGCCCAAACGGUGCAGGAAAGACCUCAUUCAUCAGCAUGAUGAUUGGUCUCACAGAGCCAACUUCAGGCACGGCAUAUAUUGAAGGUUUAGACAUAACAACUCGUAUGGAUGAAGUAUACACUUGUAUGGGAGUUUGCCCUCAGUUUGACCUGCUGUGGGAAACACUUACUGGAAGGGAGCAUCUAUACUUCUAUGGUAGACUUAAAAACCUUACAGGUUCUACGUUGGCACAGGCAGUUGAAGAGGCUCUGAAAGAGGUAAACUUAUUCCAUGGUGGUAUUGCUGACAAACAUGCUGGCAAAUAUAGUGGAGGCAUGAAGAGAAGGCUUAGUGUCGCUAUAUCACUAAUUGGCGAUCCAAAGAUUGUUUACCUGGAUGAACCAAGUACUGGACUAGACCCAGUUUCCAGGAAUAGUCUAUGGAGUGUUGUGAAGCGUGCAAAGCAAAAUCGAGCAAUUCUUCUUACGACUCAUUCAAUGGAAGAGGCUGAGGCUCUCUGUGAUAGACUAGGGGUUUUUGUUGAUGGAGCUCUGCGUUGUGUAGGAAACCCAAAAGAGCUGAAAGGUAGAUACGGAGGUUACUUCAUCUUUACAAUGACUACAACGUCAGGUAAAAACGACGAAGAAGUGGAGGAUAUGGUGGUGAGCCUCUGUAGGAAUGCUGUGAAAACCUACCAUUUGGGUGGUACUCAAAAGUUUGAGCUACCAAAGCAUGAAGUUCGUCUUGCGGAUAUUUUUCAGCUUGUUGAAAAUGCAAAGAGUAAGUUCCCUGUUCAGGCUUGGGGGCUGGCAGACACCACUCUCGAGGAUGUCUUCAUUAAGGUCACUCGUCAGGCUCAAGCUAGAUCUUCUGAUGAGUAAAGUUUUUUCAGUUGUCCCUUUUUUCCAUCUACAUGUUUCAGUUUUAAGUAUGUCUUCAGAAUGAAGUGUUAGGGUAUCAUCUGAAGUGUAGGAUGCCACCUUUUUAUUUUUUAUUUUUUGUAGUUUUCUUCAUGAUGCGGUGCUUUAGAAUCUCCCGCUUUUCCAUGUAAAUGAAUUGUACGUUGCUUGUGGUGAUAGUUGUAAGCAUUUUAGAUUAACAAUAUGACUGCGCUCAGAUAUAACAUCUGAAGUUAUCAGUUUUGGAGCAAAACUAGCCAUAAAUCAAA